AUGGCUUUCCUGACCCUCCUCACCCUGGCUCUGCUGACCCCCGGCCUGGCCUUCGACCUGGGCCAGACCACACGCUGCGUGCCCAUCCCUCCGCAGAUGAGCGUGUGCCAGGACGUGGGGUACGGCGAGAUGCGGCUGCCAAACUUCCUGGGCCACAGCAGCCUGGAGCGGGAGGUGGUUCCGCGCUCGGAGGACUGGAGGCCCCUGCUGCAGACGGGCUGCCACCCCCAGGCCGCCACCUUCCUCUGCUCCCUGCUUGCCCCCGUCUGCCUCGACACGUUCAUCCAGCCCUGCCGCAGCCUGUGUGUGGCAGUGAGGGACAGCUGUGCCCCUGUGCUGGCCUGUCAGGGACGGGUGUGGCCAGAGGCGCUGGACUGUGACCGCUUCCCUGCCCAGGAGGACAUGUGCCUGUCCCCUAUUGCCAAGCACGUCAGCCACCUCUCUAAAGGUUUGCCCAAGCCUGCGUGCCAAAGCUGCCCAGUAGUCGAGGAAUUCCCCUCUCUGAAGAAGGUGCUGGAUGCCCUCUGUCACAGUGACUUUGCUAUUAAAGUGAAGCUGCUCCGCCGGCGGGCUCCCUUGGGACAGCCGGAGUUUGAGGUGGAGGGGCGGGUGGAGUUCGUGCGGCAGGGUCCUCUCCUGCCCUACGCCACGCGCAACCUGCUGCAGCAGUGGCUCCUCAUCAAUCUGAGCUGCGCCCGAUCCCUGGCCCCGCCCGGCCGCGCCCAGCUCUACCUCCUGACCGGGCGUGUGCGGCCCGACGGCACGCUGGCUCUCACCCGCCUCUUCCCUUGGCACAAGAAGGACGCCCACAUCGCCCUCGCCACCCGCAAGUGGAAGCAGCACAAGUGCUGA